UCGCCCCGCCCCGUCUCUCCUCGCUCCGCCCCACCCCAGUCAGCCCCGCCCUGCCCCGCGCCGCCAAGCGGUUCCCGCCCUCGCCCAGCGCCCAGGUAGCUGCGAGGAAACUUUUGCAGCGGCUGGGUAGCAGCACGUCUCUUGCUCCACAGGGCCACUGCCAGGCUUGCCGAGUCCUGGGACUGCUCUCGCUCCGGCUGCCACUCUCCCGCGCUCUCCUAGCUCCCUGCGAAGCAGGAUGGCCGGGACCAUGCGCACCGCGUGCUUGGUGGUGGCGAUGCUGCUCAGCUUGGACUUCCCGGGACAGGCGCAGCCCCCGCCGCCGCCGCCGGACGCCACCUGUCACCAAGUCCGCUCCUUCUUCCAGAGACUGCAGCCCGGACUCAAGUGGGUGCCCGAAACUCCCGUGCCAGGAUCAGAUUUGCAAGUAUGUCUCCCUAAGGGCCCAACAUGCUGCUCAAGAAAGAUGGAGGAAAAAUACCAACUAACAGCACGAUUGAACAUGGAACAGCUGCUUCAGUCUGCAAGUAUGGAGCUCAAGUUCUUAAUUAUUCAGAAUGCUGCAGUUUUCCAAGAGGCCUUCGAAAUUGUUGUUCGCCAUGCCAAGAACUACACCAAUGCCAUGUUCAAGAACAACUACCCAAGCCUGACUCCACAAGCUUUUGAGUUUGUGGGUGAAUUUUUCACAGAUGUGUCUCUCUAUAUCUUGGGUUCUGACAUCAAUGUGGAUGACAUGGUCAAUGAAUUGUUUGAUAGCCUGUUUCCAGUCAUCUAUACCCAACUAAUGAACCCAGGUCUGCCUGAUUCAGCCUUGGACAUCAAUGAGUGCCUCCGAGGAGCAAGACGUGACCUGAAAGUAUUUGGGAACUUCCCCAAGCUUAUUAUGACCCAGGUUUCUAAGUCACUGCAAGUCACUAGGAUCUUCCUUCAGGCUCUGAAUCUUGGAAUUGAAGUGAUCAACACAACCGAUCACCUGAAGUUCAGUAAGGACUGUGGCCGAAUGCUCACCAGAAUGUGGUACUGCUCUUACUGCCAGGGACUGAUGAUGGUUAAACCUUGUGGUGGUUACUGCAAUGUGGUCAUGCAAGGCUGUAUGGCAGGUGUGGUGGAGAUUGACAAGUACUGGAGAGAAUACAUUCUGUCUCUUGAAGAGCUUGUGAAUGGCAUGUACAGAAUCUAUGACAUGGAAAACGUACUGCUUGGUCUCUUUUCAACAAUCCACGAUUCUAUCCAGUAUGUCCAGAAGAAUGCAGGAAAGCUGACCACCACUAUUGGCAAGUUAUGUGCCCAUUCUCAACAACGCCAAUAUAGAUCUGCUUAUUAUCCUGAAGAUCUGUUUAUUGACAAGAAAGUAUUAAAAGUUGCUCAUGUAGAACAUGAAGAAACCUUAUCCAGCCGAAGAAGGGAACUAAUUCAGAAGUUGAAGUCUUUCAUCAGCUUCUAUAGUGCUUUGCCUGGCUACAUCUGCAGCCAUAGCCCUGUGGCGGAAAACGACACCCUUUGCUGGAAUGGACAAGAACUCGUGGAGAGUCACAGCUUCGGGCCUAGAGCUGGGAUGAGUACCUGUUCAGCAGGAGCCAAAGUAAGGUGUUCCCACCUGAGAUACAGCCAAAAGGCGGCAAGGAAUGGAAUGAAAAACCAGUUCAAUCUCCAUGAGCUGAAAAUGAAGGGCCCUGAGCCAGUAGUCAGUCAAAUUAUUGACAAAUUGAAGCACAUUAACCAGCUCCUGAGAACCAUGUCUGUGCCCAAAGGUAGAGUUCUGGAUAAAAACCUGGAUGAGGAAGGGUUUGAAAGUGGAGACUGUGGUGAUGAUGAAGAUGAGUGCAUUGGAGGCUCUGGUGAUGGAAUGAUGAAAGUGAAGAAUCAGCUCCGCUUCCUUGCAGAACUGGCCUAUGAUCUGGAUGUGGAUGAUGCGCCUGGAAACAAUCAGCAGGCAACUCCGAAGGACAAUGAGAUAAGCACCUUUCACAACCUCGGGAACGUUCAUUCCCCACUGAAGCUUCUCACCAGCAUGGCCAUCUCAGUGGUGUGCUUCUUCUUCCUGGUGCACUGACUGCCUGGUGCCCAGCACAUGUGCUGCCCUACAGCACCCUGUGGUCUUCCUCGAUAAAGGGAACCACUUUCUUAUUUUUUUCUUUUUUUUUUUUUAUCCUGUAUACCUCCUCCAGCCAUUAAGUAGAAGACUAACCACGUGUUAUGUUUUUGAAAAUCAAAUGGUAUCUUUUGGAGGAAGAUAAAUUUUAGUGGUAGUAUAUAGAUUGUCCUUUUGCAAAGAAAAGAAAACCAUCAAGUUGUGCCAAAUUAUUUUCCUGUUUGGCUGCUAGAACAUGGUUACCAUGUCUUUCUCUCUGUCUUACUCCCUCCCUUUCUAUCUUUCUUUCUCUCUCUCUUUGCAUGGAUUUCUUUGAAAAAUAAAAUAAAUUGCUCAAAUAAAAA